AUGGCAGUUGAACCGUCCGGAGUAGUCGGAAAUUUCCGAGAUUUCCCCCCCUUGUACACGGAACAAAUUAACGAUGCCACGCUAUCUAAGCAGCUGGAGGUCUGGGAAGGUCUCAUAUGUUGGCAAUUUAACUCAAAUGGAUUACACAUUAUUAAUUCAAAUAUUAUGGAUGUUUACCCAUUUAGCAAUACAAAAAUUAAUCGAAGGGUGAGCCGAGAUUUCAUGGUUCUAAUCGCGCAGCACAUGGUUGAACGUGGUUUCGGAUUCUAUUUGCAUUCUAUCACGGAAUUCUGCAAACUUAAUGAUUGUAGUGUUUGGGGUGCACUUUGUUUCGGAAAGACGGGAAAAAGUAAUAAGGUCAGAAGUCUUCACGAACAAGAGUACCAAAAAAUCAUUUCGAAGGCAAAAAACGGCGGGUCAUUAGUGGAAAAUCUUAAAGAGAGACGCAAAUAUAUGGUAACUAACACCAUUGCAGUCGGUGUUUUUGGCAAGACAAUAGAUGAAACCGCGGAGGAAGUGUUAUGCUACUUAAAACUACAACUGUCCGGAAACCAGGUUGAAACGCCAUAUUAUUUAUUUUACGCAGAAAGGGAAUCUACCAGACAGUUUAGAUCGUGGCCGGAAGAACACGUUGCAUUUAUCAUCUCCACAUUGGCAACACAGAAGCGAAUUGUCGUUACCGCGAACGAAACUGUUUAUUGUAAAAAUCUCAACAGCAAAGAAUUAGGCGUGCAGGUCAUUUAG